ACUACACUCAACUUCAACAACCAUCGUUUCGCAUAGACCAACAGCAAAGACUGUCGGAUUCUCUACCUGUAUUAUUCUUUAGACAAACUCAUUUGUACAAUUCCUUCUUGCUUCUCAUCUCGUCCUCACGGGCCUGUUCACUAGUAUGGCUCCUCCACCUCCGGCCACCUUGCCUUUGAGCGAGAGGAUCAAGGCUUUGGCCCAGACUUUGCAAUUCGGUUGGUUUGUAGGACACUUGACUCUUCUUCUAUCCGUCUUCCGAUAUGGAUUGUCCUACGUCUUUUUCAACUAUUACUCGCGCUGGGCCAAGAUUUCCUAUCGACUCGCAUUCAUUUCCGCCGCCGCUACAUAUGGAAUUGUCGUUUAUAAGCAGUACAUUGCUCGUGGAAAGUUGUCUGGUUCGCCAUUGCAGAUCGCUGUUAAGCUGUUGAGUGACGAGAAUGUUCAAUACCUCGGAAUGGCCCUUGUGUGGCUCUACUCUCGUCAAAUUCCCCUUGCCCUUUUGCCCUUCAGUGUCUACUCUGUCUUCCACGUGGCCACUUACACCCGUACAUACUUGCUGCCUACGCUCCAGCCAAGCCCACAGGGAGCUACCGGACCGGCUUCUCCUGGCGGCUCCCGCCCAGCUGCCAAGCAGUCACCACUAGCAGAGAGCAUUAGCAAGUUUGUUAAACAAUACUAUGACUCUAGCAUGUAUCUCGUUGCCUCGCUCGAGCUUGGUCUCCUUUUCCGUCUGGUCCUCUCCGCCUUGACUUUCUCCAAGGGUAGCUGGGUACUGUUGGUGAUCUACUUGGCCUUCUUCCGCGCUCGUUACUCUCAGAGCUCCUUUGUCCAAAGCGCCGUGUCCCGAUUCACUGCUCGCGUUGAUACUUUGGUGUCGCAUCAGAAUACGCCUCCUCAAGUUCGUCAGGGUUGGGAGGCUUUCAAGGGGGUGACUUUCCAGAUCUAUGAGGCUUCUGAUGUGAAGCGUUACCUCGGUGGUGGACCUGCUGCUGCUGGCAAGAAGCCUCAGUAAAUGCUUAGACUUGAGUUCUGAGGUUGGCCAUUGCACCGGCAAUUUUCCACCAAGCGAAUGCGUUGUAUAGUGUUUGUGCAAGUCGCAUCUCGUGACUGCUGGUAACGCCUUAACGAUAUACAUACCACGGCUGAAUGAUAUUUUCGAGCUGUACUUUUUCUCGACAUGAGCACUACGGCGAGAACGGAUUUAUGUGAAGGGGUGGAGGGAAUGAUGACCAAAAGCAGAAUGAAGAAUCUGCUACAGCAGCCGAUCCUGUCUAUUCUUAGGACUACGAUGCGAAAAGGAACAGUUUGUAAGUGAAGAGUUUCUUAUAGCAUGGUUCCGGUUGCGUACUAUUAGGUAGGCAUCAAAGGGAUGACUUCUUGUCUUGUCCCUUGACUUGUCUUUCUUGUUUCGACGUUUCUUAUUGUUUUGUUCCUUUUCUGAGUGAUAUUCAUACUGCGGGUUGUGUCGAUAUUUUACUUUUUGUAUUCAGUCUGUUGUACAAAGCGAAUGCUGCAACGAGUGUACGUACGUAUGGACAGACAGUCUCAUAUUUAUAUAUUAUACAUUCGAGA